UAACAAAGAAAGGCAACGCCAUUCGUCAUUUCUGCUCAGCAGGUCCUCUAGUAGUACUCCACCGUGAAUCGUCGUCGUAUUGCAGAAGGUGCUGGUCAAGGUAGGCGAAGCUGUAGAUGCAAAAAUCGCAGAAGUUCAUUCGUGAAGAUCGUCUCUCUCAUUCGUCAAGUCGUGGGUCGUGAUACUUACGAAGAAAGUCGUUUCUUUUCUUUUUCCAAUCCAAAGAACUCCCGUGACAAAGACAAUCUUCCGUGUCGUACUACUACACUUUAUUCCAGGUAGUUAAUGAAAAGAGAAAGUUUUUUUUUGAUCGUUAAAUUGGUCUCGGUUUUGGGGAAAAUAAGUGGAAAUUGUUGGCAAACGCCAGCAUACUACUAUCUAGAUAGAACUAGUACACUGACUUUCAGCAUAGGACCCACCGACAAAGAACAACUUCAGCAAGAAAAGAACACAAAAAGAUGUUGGAGCUCGACCCGGUGCACAAGGAGUUUGGGUCUCCCGAGAGGCCGAAGCCCAAGAAGACUUCGGUCUGCGAGGAGGCCUCGCCCGCCUCUUGCAGCAGUAAGAAGCUGUUGCUAGGCGCCGUCUGCUCGGUGCUGUGCCUGUUCACCGUUGCCUAUGUGUACAAGUGGCAAAGUCACCUGGCCGCGUCCAGCUCGGAGGUGCAAAAGCACGACGCGUUUCACGAUUUUGACAACAACUUCGACUACAAGGGCAAAUACGGUUACCGCGGAACAACUUCUACUGCUGGUAUCAAACCCAAGUCUAAAGCCCGUGGGAAGAAAGGCGCGAAAAUAACCGCAGCGGCAGCAGCGAGCACAACUACAUCAUCUAGUGCCGACCUAUUAGGGUCAUCUUCCCUGGAAAAUCUUCAAGAAUUGAACCCCGAUGGCACCACUUCUGCGGAACAUCAAACAGUCGGCAAGAAACAAAGCCAGAAACUCGUCCAGGAACAACAGUCCGAGGCGGAAUUGGAAUUGCAAGAGCGGAAAAGGGUCGCGACGAAGGUUUUCAGUCGCCUUAUCAAAAUGAAAAAUCCCCCCACCCCAUACUCAAACUAGAAAUUUGCGAUGCAGAUUUGUGGUCACAAAUCAUGCUAGAAGGGAAAAGAUGCGGACUGUAGUGCUGGUUGGCGUGGGAAUAAACCUUUGCGCCUUCAACAUAACAGAAAACAACUAAAAGUGGGAAACAGCAUGACAAAUUUCCUGCAAACGAGGCCACAGCUGCGUCUCUUGGCCUUCUAGCAUUACAAGUCGAUUUGUGUACUCAAAUACAGCAUCACAAAUUUCGUUUUCGAUAUGGGGAGGGGGGAUUUUUCCUUUUUAUACGCCUGCACAAGAAUUUCGAUCGGUAUCAGCGGUUGGAAGAAGAAUUCAACAAGAACGGCACGACCAGUAGUACAGUUUCUACUGUGUCCUCGGCGACAAGAGCAGCAGCGAGUUCUUCAGCCUCCACUGGUGCAGCUGCGACCAAAAAUGACACAACAAGUGCAGUCGACAAUAACACCUCGUCCGGGGCGACGAUGAUCAUGUCGACAAAAACCAACACUUCCUCGGAUUUUCUCUACUACCAAUCUGUCCGGAACCGCACCGCGAGGUUACUGGAGAAAAUCUCGUCGGACCACUUGAUAUGCAUUGCAAACGUAUCGUACAACUAGUAUGACUGUGAGUUGCAUGGCAAAUUUGCUCAGAAUGAGCAAUGGAAUUUCUCAUGCGGAUUUACCUACUUUUGUAAUGCAUACUUAAACGGAAUUGAUACUAGUGGUAGUGCAAUACUUUUGCAAUGCAUAGUUGGAGCAGUACUUGCCCCACUGGGACUCCAUCUCUGUGGCGCUGCAGCGGGAGUUUUACCACGGGCCGGAGCAAAUCAUCACCCUGCUGCCCCCGCGCGUCAGCGAAAAAUUGACGGUGGACCUGGCGAUGCAAAUGACGUUUCUGACGUCGAUGGGCUCGAUAUGAGAGUGCACAACCACUACCCCUCCUCCUCCUCAUUUGUACGGCAUGAGCCAACAGCUACACAAACACCAGCCCUCCUGGGGCCUGUGCAUGACAAGUCCAGGCCGCGAGGGUUGUACUGUUUGGGCUAUUUCCGAAAUUUGUCAUGCAAACAAUGCCGCAGGGCAGCAAAUGGAUUUACGGUUUUGCAUGACAAAGAAGGGGACCGGGCGGAGUUCUGCACUCUCAUACUCGAAGAAAAGCGUGCACGUGGAGUAUGACGACGGGAACAACGGGAUGGAGUUAUCAAAUGCAAACAUGUCUGUGUCUGGAAAGUUGCGAGGCUCUUUGUCAUGCUAGUCUGGCAUGACUCUGUACUCCGUGUUGCGUGGCCGCAGCAAAGAGCUCCUGUUGCCUGUCACGCAAAAACGCAGUUUCUCAUGCGGAGUACGCAAGUCAGAACCACGAAAAAACUUUGUCAUGCUUGGCAGCGCAUGACAGUGUGGUGCUUGCUAUUCCCUUCCUUGCAUCACAAGUUUUCAGACAUCCAGGGAUCUUUGCAAUGCAUAGGAAUCCGACCUGUUCGAUUUGUACCUGUACCAUCCGAUCGAGAUUGCCAAGCUGUUGAUCCAAGACCUGAAGCUGCUGGAUAUGGACCACGUAUCCACAGGAAAUUUCCCGUACACGUACAAAUGCAGUCUCUGCAUGACAAAACUUACCUUCAAUCCCAGUCUAGCAUGACAAGUUGGACACUGCAAGUUAGCGAAAUUUGUCAUGCAUUUUGUACAUGUACGGGAAAUUUACAGUGCAUACCACGACACCCAGUACAACAAGAAAUACCUGUUGCAGGAGUUUACGGUUGCCUUGUCCAAAGAUACGGUUGACUUGGACAAAAGCGGGAAGCUAUUACAGUGAAAAAUGCCCCCAUCGUCCCCAAAGUUGCAAAAAUUUGUGAUGCGAAGUUUCCAAAUGAAAACUUUUUGCCAUGCAUGAAAGGAGUAUGAAUGUUUCUGAUGCAGAGUCAAGGCGUGUAUCGCAUCGCUUGCAUGACAAGCGCCACUCUUGCUGGGGUCUUUUGCAAUACAAAUUUUUGCUAUUCACGAUUGGAAACCUGUGAUGCUGAUAGAUGCAAGAGGGCAAGUGUUGCUUUUGGAAAGGUUUGCAAUACAAAUUCUCCCAAGUUCGGUGGUGGUGGGGGCAUUUUUCACUUUGAUAGAAGCUGGAUCUACUGGAAUUCGCCACUUUGUUUGCCAGAACUACUAGUACUGGCAACGCGACCAGCACCAGUGCGGGAGGAGACGAAGCGGAGGAAGAUCCGGUGGGCGAGAAAAACUGCAAACUUCUGGAAAUCUUGGAUCUGCUAUGAAUUGCAAAAGUACAACAACUAUCGCACUCGUACUGAUUGCAGUCAUGCAUUACAAAUCAUUUCCUAAGGCAUAUCAGCAUUACAAGUUCCAUUUCUAAUGCUGAGCGAAUUUGUAAUGCGAUUCCUACAACUAGAACCAGUGCGGUGCUUUUGCAAUUCAUAUCUGCUGGCGGCCGGCAAAUCCGGCGGUCUGAUCGCUCCGGAGAUCGUGGACCAGGCCUACGUAUGAACUGCAAAAGUAUCGUACUCGUAUAAAUGCAAGUCUUGCAUCACAAAUUUUUCUCUCAAGGUAAAUCAGCAUUACAAAUUUCAUUUCUCAUGCUGAGGAAAUUUGUAAUGCAUUUAUACGAGUGCGAUACUUUUGCAGUUCGUAGUACGGCAUCCUGUUCGGCGAAAAGCGGAAAGAGGAGUUGAUUGCGGCGUUGAAAAGCAGCGCGGAAGACCACGGGAAAAAAAACACCGUGAGGUACUGCCCGGAUGGCGAGCUGUCCGUAUCAAAUGUAAAAAUGUCUGGGUCUGGAUGAUAGAUUGCCACGUUUGUCAUGCAUGUUUUGCGUGACCCAUAAUGCCUGUAGCGCAUGACCCAGCAUCACAGAUUUUUAGAGGGCUUCCUGAUGCCUGUUUCGCAUGAGAAAUUCCCUCCCCACGUAUUACAAUCUGGACUCCCUUUGCUGGUCAUGCAAUACAAAUUUUUUUAGAAUCCAAAGACAGCAUCACAAGUUGCACCCUUCCAGACCCGGACAUAUUUGCAAUGCAUAGUCCGUCUACGUGUGCAACGCAGCAAACGCCGACGGCAAGUUCAAUCCUUUUCUACUGCCCGACUUCCAGCACGAAGCGCCUUUCUUAACACCGGAACAGUCCGAGUCCGUCGCUGGUGUUCCGCCGGCACUUAUUGAAAGGAAAAACUACUCCCCCUCCCCAUAUUGAAAAGGUAUGUUAAUGUUUCCGAAAAUCUGUGUUGCUGAUUUGAAUUCACAAGUCGCAUUUGUCUUGCAAGACGACAAGGGCAGAAGCCUCCGCCCCAUUAUGAAAGCGAUUGGUCAUGCUGUUGGGCCUAAAGGGAAGCCGUUUGCCAUACUGAACAACUAGACCCAUACGCCCCUACCUAGCCCGGGGAUCUGGCCGCAAUGCCUUCCGGCAGUACCAUGCUGAUUGGUGUACACAAAUCCAGCAUCAGGAAUUCCGUUUUGAUAUGGGGAGGGGGGAUUUUUCCUCUCAAUAGCACUUGCAGCGAACUCGUCGGUCACCUCGCCGUCCCUGAAAGGCAUCGACCUGGACAUGGACAAGUCGCUCUGCAAACUGUACAACUACGCUUUUUCCUCGAACAUGAAGUCUGCCAGCGAGGAAGAGGUGAAAACGGUGGGCACAGCUUGCGAAGCGCUGUCGAGCUACUCGGGGCAGUCCUGUUGUCACUGGGUGGAGUCCGACAAGGAAAAGAACGCGUGCCGACCGUUUUACCGAGUAUCAUAGGUUGUUUGAUCUCGUCUUUAGUGUUUGUCAUAGCAUGAUACAUAGCAAGUUGCAGCUGUUCUGCUGAAGUUUCGCCAUGUGGGUAAGUAGAACGCAGCAUGUGCCAUGGUUCAUCACGUACUAGAAAUCGGAAACGGAAGCUGUAGUUCUUUGUAGCGUCGAUAUCUGUAACGCAUGAAUAAGAAAAUCAAAGCCAAAAAACUACACCCAGUGCCUCCGCCCCGUGGGUAAGACGAGCCAGCAAGUCCAGCUAUACCAGGAAGUUUUUCAAGACGACUCGCUCGGCGACGUUGGUCCGGUUGAAAAAUUCCACGAAACCGUCGACACGCGGACCAUUCUGCCGCCGUUUGCUGCCUACGACAAGUACGGCCGAAAGCGGAUGGAUCUGCUGGGGGCGAAAACGCUCGACAUGGAAGAGGAGAUGAAGGAGGAAAUGUGAGGGUUGUUUGUCAUGCUGUUCUCCAUGACAAAAAUGAGUUGUCAAAACAGCAUUUUCAAUUUGAAGAUACUUAUUGGAAGCAACAGCAGGUCUUUGGUGACGUUUCACAUCGUAGCGGCUCUUUUGAAUUUUUUGUUGAUUUACAUACUGUUUCACUCAAGAACUACACACGUUUCGAUUCAGUUUUCGAAGAAGUUUUGUUUGUUCUUUAGCACGACCGCAACAACUCUAGUAUAGUUUGUGUUUGAUCAUCUUUCAGUAUCAGUUUGGCAGAGUGAGGAAUUUGAUACUACUACCACCUGUAAUAUACCAUCAAUUGCUAGAAGAGAUCUCACCGUUUCAUCACUUUUGUUUAUUUGAACAUUUUUUUACAAUUUUCGCGUUCUGCAGCCUUGUCUAGAAUUUUCGGAUGACUCUCAACUUUAUUCAGAAUGUCAUGCGUCUAUACUUCUAGUACUUAUUUGUUUCUAUUACACCGUUUUCUUUUUCAAGCAAAUCUGUAUACCAGGAAAGUUUUUCUGCCGUUUGGAAUCUGAUCAUUUUACAGGAAAAUCAGCUGAUAUUUUUACGAAGAAUUUUUCAUGAACGGGAAGGAUAUUUUUGUACAUCAUGAC